GCUUGAUUCACUUAUCAUAUAUCACAGUGCACUUUUGGCGCCUUUUGCUUAGAACAUGUCGUAUUUCGAGAUUUUAGCACAGUGAAAUUACCAGCGUGAAAUUUGCUUCAAAUCAAUCGAUACCGACACCAAAGGACGCAAAACAAAACGGUCGUCAGCAUUCAGACGUAGUCAUCAUUCAUUCGCAUGAAGAAAGAAUUCUCAACGGCUUGUUAAAGAAGAUUGAAUUUGUUCAACGCAUACGCCAAAGCACACAUUGAAUCCACAUAAUGAGCCAACCAAACGUCAUGGAAGUUAACAGUCCACAGCAAAACGUAGAGCAAAACCAAAACCAAGCUGCUAUUGCCCGCAAAAUUCAAUGGUACGUUCAACUGUACGGCGGACCACAACCACAGGUGUUCAAACUAAACACCAAUUGCUGGGACAAUAUUUUCGAUUGGCUGUCAUUGGAAGAUGUUCUUUCAUUUGGUCGCACAUGCAAGGCUUUCAAAUGGGUCGCCGGCGAGUAUUUCAAGGAAAACUACCCAAAACGCAGAAUAUUUUGCAGAAACGGUGACGAACCCAUAUUGAAUGAUUUCAGUGAAUAUGUCCAGAUAAUCAAUUGGACAGGCGAAAUAACUGAAUCGAAUGCAUACCUCCUAUCAAAUUGCAAGUCACUCAAGCGCAUUGAUUUAUUUGACACCACGUUAACUGAAUCAUCUAUAAACACUUUAGGAAGUGCUCUCAAAACGGUUGAAGAAAUUUCAUUGAAACUCUGCGAAUUCGAAGGGCGUGCUCAUGAACAUUUUGUUAAACGGUGUGUAAAUUUGAAAUUUCUAGAUACUUACGGUAUGGCCAAAAAUCGCCUUCUUCAAAAAUAUUCAACACUUGAACGGUUAAAGCUAGUGGGUCCAGUUUUGUGCGAUGAAUUGAACAGAUUUUUCAAGCUGAAUCCAAAUGUACGAAAUCUUACGGUCGAAGGAUGCAAUGUUGGGAAAAUUCGACGCUAUCUGAUUGAUUCCAAUAUCAAGUUGGAUGACUUGACCAUUGAACACAUUUCGGAACGUGAAUCCGAUUUCAUCGAUUCUUUGAAUAAACUUCACCUACGUGGUUUUUACAAACAUUUACACAUCGACCUAUGGAACAGCCCAUCGAAGGAUCAACUAGCUGCAUUGCAAGGUCUAGUUACUCUGCAUAUCCAUGAGAGUGUCCUGCUGCCAUCACUGCCCAACUUGAAGGAACUGGGUUUCCAUGCCGACUUGACUACAAUACGCAAUGAAGGAUUGAACGUGACCGAAAUCCCAAACUUAUGCAUUAACCUCCAACGAUUAUUCAUUCUGACUACAUCCGUUGAUGACAUUUUGCCGUUCAUUCGUCAUUCACCGCAUUUGGUUCAGAUCGAAAUAGGGUGGUUUAAAGAAAAAUCAAUCGACCUCCAAGCAUUGAAUAAAGAACGCAAAAAUCUGAAGGGAGCACAAAAAGUGACAAUCUACGUUGAAGAGUAUGCUUACUUAGCGACAAAAUGGGCAUCAACCGAAAUCAACGUCAGCUUCAUCACAAUACGACGCUGCGAUUCACACAAAGUCAAACUUGCACACACUUUACUAUAAAAUUGUUCCUAGAAUGAAAGUCAGAUCAGCGGUAUCUACAAUUUAAUUCUAAAUAUCAUUCAAGAUGUCUAAAAGCUUUCGCAUUGCUGCUUGAUGCAUUUAAUAUUAUCUAAAUAAGAAAAAAAAACCCAAAAAUAAACACAACCAUCUCAUUUAUGAAUUUAAACUUUAUUAUUUUUGCGACUAAUUUGUAAAUUUGAUUAUAAAUAAUGCAUAUGUCAUUUCGAAUAAGUUGCAGUUUUCCAUCUAAUGUAUCGAAUAAGAUUUAUUGUGUGUGGAUAUUCAUCGAAUUUUGGAUUCAUAAUACCUAAGACUAACAUUACAUUUCAAUAAAUAUUAUUUGGAUUACAAA